GGCACUGAAAUCCAAACACCAACCUGGCUAAUGUGUGGACGUUGGCACAUAAGCCGACUCUCCUCUCCUUUCCACCCUACUGUUCCAACAAAAAGCACUUACUACCAGAACUGAACUCGAAAUCCGAUCGAAUUAUGUAGAUCUAUUGAUGAAGCCGGCCAGUACGAUCUGUUUAAGAGAAAUCGCGUAGAUUGAACAAAUUUCAUUCUGAAUUAGGAAAAAUGCAGACCAAAGGAUCCAAUAUCCGGCUCUCCGGCUUGGCAUAUAGAUCCAGGAUUUCGACUCUGAUGCUCUCCAUGAUUGCCACCAUGGCUUGCUUCUACGUCGCCGGCCGUUUGUGGCAGGAUUCCCAGAACAGGGUCUAUUUAAUGAAAGAGCUUGACAGGAUUACUGGACAGGGACGAUCUGCAAUCUCAGUGGAUGAUACAUUGAAAAUUAUAUCAUGCAGGGAACAACAGAAGAAGUUAAUAGCUCUUCAGAUGGAACUCAUUGCAGCCAGGCAAGAGGGUUUCACUGUGAACCACUUGUCAGAGUCUAAAAGAACAUCAAAGAAGAGGCCUCUAGUAGUCAUAGGGGUAAUGACAGGGUUUGGUCACAAGAACAACAGAGAUGCGAUUCGCAAAGCAUGGAUGGGAACUGGUGCAAAUUUGAAAAAGAUGGAGGACCAAAAGGGUGUCAUUGUUCGAUUUGUCAUUGGAAGAAGUGCUAAUCGUGGGGACAGCUCAGACAGGGGCAUUGACAACGAAAAUAAGCAAACUGAUGACUUCUUCAUUCUUGAAAACCAUGUGGAGGCACCUGAGGAGCUUUCAAAGAAGGCAAAAUUGUUCUUUGCUCAUGCUGUAGAGAAUUGGGAUGCUGAGUUCUAUGCCAAGCUCAAUGAUGACGUGUAUGUAAAUAUUGAUGCCCUAGGAAAUUCACUUACAGCUCAUUUAGACAAGCCUCGUGCAUAUAUUGGGUGUAUGAAAUCUGGCGAGGUUUUCUCUGAACAGAGCCACAAAUGGUAUGAACCAGAUUGGUGGAAAUUUGGGGAUAGAAAAGGGUACUUCCGUCAUGCUUCUGGCGAGAUGAUUAUCAUAUCGCAAGCAUUGGCAAAAUUUAUUUCAAUAAACAGAUCCAUUCUUCGUACAUAUGCCCACGAUGAUGUUAGUGUUGGGUCCUGGUUUAUUGGGCUUGACGUCAAACAUGUUGACGACAAGACAUUUUGCUGUUCAUCUUGGUCAUCAGGAGCCAUCUGUGCAGGCGUAUGAUGUGCGUGGCUCAAUUUGAAGGAAAUAAUGAAACGAUUACAGCGCUGCAGCUAUUUUUAAAGGAUGCCGGCAUUCUUUUUAGGCUUUCUUUGUGCGGAAAUAGCAUAGAUCAUCAGCAUUUGGGUUUUAGUGGAAUGCCUUUGAGUUCAAAAAGAAAAUUCACAGUGAUUUGGGGACUGCAUAUUUUGCAGUGACACAGGUAGAUAAGACAUAAAACGUUAUUUAGUUCAUAAACUUGGCCGUAGAGUAGAGAUCACAGAGUAGUUGUCGAAAUUUUACGCACAAAAGUUUACUGGACAUAGCGUCCCAAAAAUAUGAAAGAGCAGUCGAUAGAAGUUACAAUCUCACAGUAUUUUCAAACAGCCUUUGUGUGAUAUUUGUUUGUUUGUUUCUUCUGUAUACAAACAUGUUAUUUAAAGCUUGGAAGUAUACACCUGCUUCAUUUCAACUAUGGCAAAUUCAUGAGCCCCUUUGAAGUUGGUUUGGCUAGCCACAGUACCAAGCACGACCAUCCAUUAAGGCUUGUGAGGUAACCUUUUUAUUUUUCUGAUUUCCUAUUUUUUUCUUAAAAGUCCAAAAUGAAGGCGAUCUUUUUGCUUUCAUUAUUUCCUUCAAAAUUUCUGCAAAUUAUGACAAAAACACAAAAGGAUGUUCCCAACCGAAGUUUCACUUUUUUUCAAGAGAAAAUGUAUUUUCCGUUCCCAAAAAAAACCAAAUAUGUUACUGCCAUGAUAAUAGUUCAAGUGGUAUGAGAGUUGAGAUGUUUCAAUAAAGGUCAUAGGUUUGAGAUUCUCUGGGGCUUUGGUCAUUUAUUGUGAAUUUAUUUGAUUUAAGUGUAAAUGAACUAAUGAUAUUUUUAUUGAAGAUCAACAAAGAGUGUAGUCAAUUGCAUAGAUAAUAUUUUUUUUGCAUUUUUCUGUACAUAAACAUUUUAAAAGUCAAAUUUACAACUCUAUUCAGAAAAAAAAAACCUAAAA